CGUGGGGUGAUGCUGGAGCUGUGGGUGCCUUCUUGCCCUGUGCGCAUCUCAGUACGCAGAGCGCUGGCAGGGUUCUGCCUGCCUGUUGGGAGCAGGGGCCAAGGGCUCGGGUCCCACAGAGCCCAGGCUGUCGCACAUCCCUGUGAGCGAUCUCUGCCCCCCAGCCCUUCCCCGCCCAGCCGCCGGCAGGUGUGAGCGCAGCGCUGCCUGCCAGGCCGGAGGCAGGUGCGUGGGGCAGGCCGGUGCUGCAUGACCCCCAGCUGCUGUGGUGUGCUCUGAGCCAUGCUCAGUAGGAGCAGCUCAAAGGAUAAGGCAGAUUUUUACCCUUUCACUCCCAAGUCGAUCUACAAGAAGAGCACCAAACUCUUGAUGACUUUUCACUCAUCUCUAUUUACUUGCUGCUGGAUCUGAAAAUCCAGCUCCCAGGUCAGCGACGUUAGCAAACUCAGCCCUGCCAGCCUGCAGUGCCGCCACAGGGCUCCUGGGGCUGCUCUCCUGCUCAGCAGGGCUGUGAGCCGCAGCCGCUGCUGGCGUUCCCGAGCUGCUCUGAGCCCUCUCGUGGCGGCCGUGCCGAGGGACGCUGCUUUGCCAGAGAAGCGGAUGGGAGCUCCUGGCUGGCAGAGCUCAGCUGGGCCGAACGAGACAGUCCUGCCUCACUGGGGCGGGUUCCUUUGCUGUCGGCUGGGCACGAGAAAUGUUAAGGCACUCGAGCUGUGGGUUUGUAGGGAAGCUCUGUCGCUCUGUAGUGUUUGUGUUACUACUCUUUGUGGUGCUUUCAUCCAGAGUAUUUCCUGCCUGCUCUGCUGGACAGGUUGAUCAGAGAGCCUUGCACUUCAGAGUGCUGGGCAGAGAGUUCAGAUGUGUGAUGUUGUGGCUGUGGUGCUGCUCCUUGGCAGAGCAGUCUCUUCAGAUAGGAGACAGGGUUACAGGACAUGAUAAACCUCCCUGUGAGUCCAUGGAACUGUUUGAACCCUGCAGCACUUGGGUUUUGGCAGGUCCCUGCUGUGCCAUGUCGGGGGACAGCGACUGCACCAGGACCAGUCCAUCGGCAGGCUCUCCAUCUGACACCGAGUUCGCUCCAGCUCGGCCCAAGUAUGUUUGCUCCCUGUCUCCUGACCUGGUCACCAAAGCCCGGGAGGAGCUCCAGGAGAAGCCUGAGUGGAGGCUCCGUGAUGUGCAGGCCCUGCGAGAUAUGGUGUGCAAGGACUAUCCCUCCCUGGGCACCUGCCUGGAUGAUGCCUUUCUGCUGAGGUUCCUCAGAGCCAGGAAGUUCGAUUAUGACCGAGCGCUCCAGCUGCUGGUGAACUACCACAGCUGCAGGAGGAGCUGGCCCGAGGUCUUCAGCAACCUGAGGCCGUCUGCAGUAAAGCCUGUCCUAGAGUCAGGCUUUGUCACCGUGCUGCCUUGUCGUGACCCCGAGGGACGCCACGUCGUCUGCAUCCGCCCAGACAGGUGGAGUCCCAGCCAGUACCCCAUCACCGAGAACAUCCGCGCCAUAUACCUGACCUUAGAGAAGCUCAUCCAGGCCGAGGAGACCCAGGUGAAUGGAAUUGUGAUCCUGGCAGACUACAAAGGAGUCAGCUUAUCCAAGGCCUCUCAUUUCGGUCCUUUUGUGGCCAAAAAAGUGAUUGGAAUUCUCCAGGAUGGAUUCCCCAUCCGGAUAAAAGCUGUUAACAUCAUCAAUGAGCCUCGGAUAUUCAAAGGCAUUUUUGCCAUCAUCAAGCCCUUCCUGAAGGAGAAGAUUGCUAACCGGUUUUUUCUUCAUGGCUGUGAUCUUAAUUCCCUUCACCAAAACAUUCCUCCCAUGAUUCUUCCUGAAGAGUAUGGUGGCACUGCAGGAAAACUGGACAUCUCUGCCUGGAAUGAGUUGCUGCUGGCUUCUGAAGAGGAUUUCCUGCAUGACUUCUCCCAUCUGGUUCUGCCAUGUGAGAGCUUGCCUCAGGAGAUGCUUGUGAGUGGGGAUGCUGAGGAAAAGCAGUGCGAUGACUCCCUGCGAGGCAUGAAGGCUCAGCUCUACUACUGCUACUAGCUGGGCAGGGAGCUUCCAGCAUAGCUGAGAGCUGCUCUGAGAGGUGGCCGUGGGAACUCUGCCUUACUCCUGAGCCUGCAGCUUGGGGACAGGCCACUGAGGCACUUUGCACUGAACCAAAGGAAGCUGAGCAAGGCACAAGGGGGCAGGGCAGAGCGCGGGGAAGACAAAGGCAGUGCAGCAGAGCCCUUGAGGCUCAUCCAUGAGUGAAGCAAACUGGCCUGUUGCCACCAUAAAGAAAAAUCCCCGUUGCAGGAUGUAGGAUUGUCAGCUGCUUGGCCUCUCCACGCAAGUGAGAGGGAGCACUGCUGAGGUACUUUGUGACCAUCUGUUCCCUUCCCCUUCUGCAAACAGCAGCAACCCAAGGCAAGAAAACUUCUGAACCCUGCAAAACACAGUUCUGUCAGUGAAGGCUGCUUGAACACAUGCAGGUGACUUGGCCUGUCCUCUGUCACUUGGCACUUCUGAAGUAGCUCCACGGAUAUUUGUCUCUGAUAGAAAGCAAAACUUCCUUCUCCAGAGUAUCAGUGUGGGGAUAACCUCUGCAAUGUCUGCACUGCAGGAGCAGCACUGUCUGGUGGAUCCGCUGCUGCAGCAGCUGUGCCAGGGCUGGUUAUAAACAGAUGGAGCCUUCAUUUUCAGCAUCAGGAGUUGUUCAGGCCAAGCUCUAAGGCUUUUGAUUAGCUAACAGCUUCAAGUACCAGGGGUCAGGACCAAAGAAGAAGCACCUGUCAGGCACCUCCCUGCUCAGUUCUCUCCCUCAGCGGGUUGUGAAGAGCAGCUGGGUGAGUCCCUCACAGAGGGCAGUAGUUGAGGUGCUCCUCCAGCUGGGCACUUGGGGCAGUUUGGCUGUGGAACCAAAGGCAAGCAAGCUCCUUGCAAGCACAUUUUGCAGUCUGCUGCUCCUGUAGCACUUUGUUCACCGUGCUCCUUGUGAGUUGUGACAGCUUUGUUCUUCUGUUUCCUGAUCCCAUUUGUCUUUAUCUGUCCCAUGCCUGUAUGAAGUAGGCUUGAAUAGUCUCUGUAAUACUGACCUGUAGCUUCUGUGCCUGUGCUUCUAGGUCUUUCUCUAGAGACAGAACCAAGGCUCAGGUGUCCAGUCAGGGUAAGAUACCUGUGUCUAAACUGUUCCUGCCUCCCAGGCUCACUCUGUUUGGUCUUAAGCAGAACCUAGCACGCUGCAUAUUUUCCUGCACUGUGAUAGUGUGGAGAAGGGAACCCCUCUAGGAGCAGCACAGCACACCCUGGUACUCCAAGGGGAAAUGUCUCACUCUUGGUGAAAAAGAACAUUCCUUCCAACUGGUGACUUCUCUCUAGAGCACUUUCUCUGGCUGGAAUCUGUUUAGUGCCAAGUGUGGUUCAGGUACCAGCUAUGUUUCUGUAAAGCAUCUGGAGAUCUCAGACUUCCACUUUUCCAAGUGCCAAACUCCUGCUCUGAAUGUCUCUCUUCCUCAGUCCCCCUGCAGCCUGCCUGCACUCCUCUACGCUCAACUGAUUCCCUGACCUGGCAGGAGACCUCAUCCUGGGACUAGAGGGAAGUAAAUGCCCUACCUGCUACUCCAGCACUGUGAAAGGAGGCUGGGUUUUGGAAAAGGGUAAACUCAAAGCUGAAGUGUUCAUCUGGGAGGCAGUUCAGUCUGUGGGAGCAAGGAACUCAUUGCUUGAACUGUUUUGGCUCAAAGGUGAGAAAAGACAAAUUUUCCUGACUGAAAGCAUCUGAUUUUUCCAAUCUUUAGAAGUAAAUUCUUACUCCUCUUUGACAGCUGUUACCUUUAGUGUGGGGUGAAAAAAAGAAACCACUGCCAUUUCCGUCUGCUUAAAACCGGGUCAGAGUGCUCCCAGCCACUUCCUCCUUCCUGAGCAGAAUGUGCUGCCUGUUCUGCAGAGGUGUACUUCGGUUCUCUGUGCCACCCGGCAAGACAACAGCACACAGCACCAGGACUUGGAAAGGCAAGUGGCUGACCACAGUCUGACUGCCAGAAGAGACUGGUGUUCGUGGUGCUUUAGAGCCUCUUCAUUCCAGCCACCAUGUAGAGAGUGAAAAAGUCAACCAAGGCAGGGCCAUUUUUCCUAGAGGUGAAGGCCUCUUUCCUUAGUGUGCUGCAGGGUCUGAAGUGCUAUUUGGAGAGUUAACCUCUAAGAUGUUGUGUAACUACUGGAGAAGGAGGUUUGAGUAUUUGAGGUUCAGUUCAGUGCCCUUCAAAAAGAAAUAAAUCCAGUGGUCAGCAGGAGGCUGAGGAACCUCCGCAGAAACAAAACCCUUCUUCAGGCUUUUCUGUUCCCUUGCAUGCCUUACACAGGACAGGCAAACCAGACCCAGUUCUCUCCCUGUUCUUUGCUCACAGAGAAGCUAAUAAUAAAGCCUAGGAGUUAAGCAAAAUAGGUAAGGCUCUGUUACCAGUCCUGAGAGCCUCUGCUCUGCCUCCAGGACAUCCUUUUCUUCAAGCUGGCUGCUGGGCAGUUGAUGUCAAGAUACUUAAGUAAGCCAGGCCUAUCUUUAGCAAGCUUCUGUUACUCCUCAUUUGCUCCUUCUUGGCCUUCAGAGUCAGAGCUGCAGGUUUCCUGAGCUGCAGCUCUAACCCUCUUUAGGUCUGUAACCAGUGCUUGCCUUGUCUAUCAAAGCACAGCUCUGCCUGACAGAAACCUGCCUGCUGAGUGAGAAAGGCUCUUGGAGCCUUAGCACUGACCUAGCAGAGCAAUCUCUUUGCUCCCAGCAUUGCUGAUGGCAAAUAAGGGAAGCAAGCACUAGUCUGAAGUAGACAAUCUCCUUACUGCAAGAGAACAGGCAGAUAGCAAAAGCACCUAGGCUGGGCUUUGGGGGUUGAUUUGUUUUGACCUUUUUUUCCCCCCCAGCACCAAAACUCUUUUUUUCCCACUUGACAGCUGUGCCCCAGGGGAGCUGCCUUGCCCAGUACAGUGCCAGCCCUGCCAAAGCCAGCAGGGAACAAGGAAAGGCAGCAGAGCUGCACUGGGCAGCCCUGGCUUUCAGCAUCAAGUGGGACAAAAAGUAGCUGUGUCCUGUACAGGAAAGGUACUUGAAUUUUUGCUCCUGCAGCUGAGUCCUACAAACCCUGAGGUGUUGCCAGGAGCUGGCUGAAGUGGUUUUGGUUACCUCUCACUUUAGCCUGAGGUAACCCUGGUGUGGUGUUGGGGGGGCUGGCAGUGCUGGGUGGGUCCCUCCCUCUGCAUCUUAUUUGACAAAAUUUAUUUUUGUAUUGCAUUUUGUAAAGUGGAGUGGCCAAAGUGUGCAACUUUCUGAUGUAUGACUGGGUGAGCCAAUACAGUGCAGCAGUUCCACCUUUCAA